AUGGGCAUGAUUUUAGGCAAAAUCGGCGUUGAGACCCCGAAACACGAAAUCAUCGCCGCCGCCGCGGGCUACGAGAUCCGGAAAUACCCGCCGGCGGUGGUCGCCGAGGUGACCUACGACCCCGCCCAGUUCACUUCCGAGAAGGACGGCGCCUUCAAGAUCCUCGCCGACUACAUCGGCGCCUUCGGCGAGCCGCGGAACGCUCGGCCGGAGAGGAUCGCGAUGACGGCACCGGUCCUCACGGCGGCGGCGCCGGCGCCGGAGCGAAUCGCGAUGACGGCGCCGGUGGUGACCGCCGCGGGAAGCGGGGGGAUGGUGACGAUGGGGUUCAUACUGCCGGCGAAGUACGCGCGUGCGGCGGACGCGCCGCUGCCGGUGGACGGGAGGGUGGCGCUGAGGGAUGAAGGGGAGCGGAAGUACGGCGUGGUGAGGUUCGGCGGGUCGGCGCGUGAGGAGGUGGUGGAGGAGAAGGCGAGUGGACUGAGGGAGUGUUUGGAGAGGGACGGGUACAGGGCGGCCGGGGAUUUUGUGCUGGCGAGGUAUAAUCCGCCGUGGAUAACGCUGCCUCCGUUUAGGACCAACGAGGUCAUGAUUCCGGUGGAGUGA